GCCCGGUUUUUUGGAGAGGAGAAGUUGGCAAAGGGAUGUGACUGCGAUGAUGGCGCUGCAGCUGAAGAACGGGGAUGCAGGGUACUACCAGAGUGCAGAAUAUUGCAGAAAUUUCACUUCGCCUCCUGUCAACUACGGUGACAGCAGCCAUUAUCUUGCCCGCUUACCAGUGCCAGAGACCAUGUUAAAGCCUCCCCUGAGCCUCUUCACCCAUCCCCAGCAGCCCUUCCAUCACAUCGACUCUCUGCAUCAGCUCGGACCACCACCUAUGGCACCGACCCAGCCUCUCUGUCCCCCACCCAUAGCCCCUGCUCAGGCAAUUGGACCUCCAACUAUGGCCCCCACCCAGACUCUUGGGCCGCCUCCGAUAACUGCUACACACACUUUAAGACCUCCACCCAUAACCCCAGCGCACACAUUAGGCCCUCCUCCAAUGGUGCCUGCUCAGCCUCUGGGACCUCCUCCAAUGGCACACACCUUGGGACCCCCCCAUGUUGACCACACAAAAACAAUGGUACCUCCAUCCAUGGACCUCACACAGCCACUGGGACCUCCACAUCUAAACCCUGCACAAGCACUGGUGCCCCCACCUGUUGUGGCGCCCGGAGCUGGGCACUUCCCCCUCCCUCCCAGCCCCCUGUCCUCACCUCCCGCUCCAGGUCCAGACCCCUCACAGCUUCUGCCAAGACCACCAGGACCGGCCCUCAUCCCUGCCCCAGUGCCAGGCCUCAUCCCUGGUCCUGUCCCAGACCAGGCAGCCCCAGCCAGUGAGCAGCCCCAGGAGGAAGGCUCUCCACUGGGGAUGGAGGAGCAGGAAGACUCUCUGGGGCUGGAAGAACUGUGUAAACCAUUGUACUGUAAACUCUGCAAUGUUACCCUCAACUCGGCCCAGCAGGCUCAGGCUCACUACCAGGGGAAGAACCACAGUAAAAAGCUGAGGAAUUUCUACGCAGGCAGUCAGCAGCCACCAGCCAUCAGGAUCCCAGAAGCCCUUGAAGCAAAUGGCCAGACAGCUCUCAACUCAGGAUCCAGCGACAGUGACACAGGCAGACAGGCGUUGUAUAAGGGAGCUACCCGGGUCAUUUUGGCCACAGAGAACGACUAUUGUAAGCUGUGCGAUGCAUCCUUCAGUUCACCGGCGGUCGCACAGGCCCACUACCAGGGCAAGAACCACGCCAAGAAACUACGGCUCGCUGAGGCUCAGCAGAACAAUAACAACAUGGAAGGCAACAACGAGACUACCCAAAGAAGAAACAGGAAAGAUGGAAAUGAGUACAGACUGGUGAAAAACCGCCGCAGCCCACAGCUACCCACCGGCAUGCCAGGACCCUACUACAACCCCAGACCGAGGCAACGCAUCCCCAGGGAUUUAGCCAUGUGUGUGACUCCCAGUGGACAGUUCUACUGCUCCAUGUGCAACUGUGGAGCCGAACAGGAGACAGACUUCAGGCAGCAUCUGGAGAGCAAGCAGCACAAAGCUAAAGUGUCUGAGUUACGAUACCGUAAUGAGAUGGAAAACCUGGGCUACAGCUAAAAGACAAGAGCAAGAAAAAAGAUUAAGUGUAAAAGAUUAUAGAAAGUGAGAGAGUGUGAAGAGACAGUUCAAGGCCAAAGUAUUGCUUUUAAGGAGUAUAUUUAGUGAAGGGAUUAUCCCAAAUGGCUGUAAGAUUUUGUUGCAAUUCAUUUGAUAUAUGGAUCAACCUCUCAAAUCCUCAAGUGACAAUGUAAUUGGAUUUAAUAGGUUUAUGUGACCCGGCUGUUAUCCUCAUGUUGAAAUUCAGUCUGAGGAACAAAAACAGGGUGCAACAUGAACAUGAAACACAGAAACGUUGCUAUUAAGUGAGUUUACACAACAUAAAACGUCUUGAAUUUCAAACUUCUUUUGGCCAAACUUUCCUUUAGGGCUUGAAUGCAGCAUCCUGACUCAGGUUACUGUAAAUGCAAAUGAACUGCAAUGAAAUCUUGUUCAGGCUGCAGGUAGUUA